CGCCAUUCUCCUGCCCUAGCCCGCCGCCGCCACUCUCCUCGCUCGCCGUCGCCAUCAUUCUCCUGCCCUAGCCCGCCGCCGCCACUCUCCUCGCUCGCCGUCGCCGUCAUUCUCCUGCCCUAGCCCCACCGCAUCUCCGGCCACGACGAUGAGCCGGCCACCUCAAGCAACGAGGUGACAUGGAUCCAACCCCUCCCAACCACCAUUCGCGAUAGAGGUUAAUGCUGCUUGAACCCCCAACGCCCUCUCUCUGCUCGGCCACCCAAUCUGCUCUUCCUGUCAAGGUGGAUUAGGGAGAUAUGCUACUUUGCUAUUGUUUAGGGUCAAUGCACAUAGAAUUAUUCUCCUGGAAUUGCCUGCAUUAGUUCAGCAUGCCUUAAUAGUUCAUUUUUAUUUGAUGGACUAUGGAUUUGAUGGAUGAAUUUUGAUGGCCACAUUCAGUCAGUGCGAAAUGUAUCGCAGUGGUUUAUAAUUUAGUGAUAACUAGACUUUCCUAUGCUGUGUUGUCAUAUAUAUUCUUAUUGUUCGUGUCAUGAUGUGUGUAUGCAAGCUGUCAAUGGUAGCAUGGCCUAAUGAUCGGUUGAACCGUGUAAGCAUAGCCAACCAAAAUCCACCUGAGUGGUUUGGGCAUGGGUGAUUUUCUUUCGUAUCGCUUGUGCCCUGUAAUCCCCGGCGUGGUGGCACUACAUGGUUCACUCAAUCAUCAGGCCAUGGAAUUGUUUGUAGCUUAUUUAGAGUGUAAAUUAUUUUUUGCUGUGAUAAUCAUACUAACCGAUUGCUUUAUCCUCUUGUUGCAUGUACACAUGGAACCCACAACUCAUUGCUUCUGAAGUUGGACAAGGAAGCAGUUGAAGGAACUUAGUUUCUGCUUUGAUAUAUAAGCAUUGCUUCACCCUGUCAAAAUGUCUCCUACAACAACAAACUCCUGUAGUGACAGUAACGCAUCAUCACAACGCAACGACGGUGAACGUUCUUCAUAGGCUCACUCAGCGCAGACUGCUGCGAGUAGUACUCGAUCCCGCGGGUCAAGGACACAAACCAAAUGGCCAGAAGACAAGUUGAUUGCAACUGGACUUGAUGAAAAAUUUUGGCCUACCCUAGAUGCUGCAAGGGAAAGAUUUGUAUUAGUCUGUGGCCUCAUUGCUCGGGAGAGGGUGUCAAUCAACAGGAAGCUUGAGGAUCUCUCACCUAUUGAGAAGGAAUAGCUAUUCAAAGCUUUAUUGGAAAAGCUAGAGUACCCAGCCAAUCUGGAACAAACUGUUCGCAACAAGGCAAUUAAGGUAGCUAUGUCAGAGAUUGCAACCUUGCAACAGCAGUUCAAGGCCCAUUUAAGAAAAACUUAUGUGAGGCAAGAGGAGUCUCCUUUUGAGAAGCAUGGCUUUUUGAAGCCAGAAGACUGGGAGGUGUUUGUGCAGGAAACCAAUUCUCCUUUUUUUCAGCGAGUGAGCCAGGAGAUGAAAGAUAAGAGAGCAUUGCAUAAUAAGCCGCAAAAGACGGGAACAAAAGGUUAUCAUGGUUAAAGGAAAGAGUGGGAGGAGGAGGAUGCAAAGCUAGCUAGAGAAGGAAAAGAGAACCCUUGGGACCAAUUUCCUGGACGUUCGAGGCCAUAUCUGCGGGCAAGGGCGGCGAAGAGGAUGACCACUAGUGAAGGCACUAGUGAAGGAAGCGGGGACAUAACAUUCAGUAACCCUGCGGUGGUGGGGCUAGCAAAUAAGGUGAAAGACCUUGCAUCUAAGGCAAGCGAUGGUUCUUUCACUGGGGUUAGGGAGAAUGAUAUCCUCACCACGGCACUUGAGAAUCCAGAGCAUCAAGGUCGGUUCCGAGGCGUGUCUAGUUCAGUUGGCUGGGGUAAAGGGUUUGGUGAAGAGUUUUGCUGGAAUGUACAGGAAGAAGAGGAAGAAGAUGAAGGAGAGGUAUGAUGCGGAGAAGGAAAAGAUAGUUGGUGAAACAGCCAUCAGAGUUAUCAACAUGCUAAGACAAGCAGGCAUGGUUAUACCGGAUGCUCUGUGUCCUACCCAACCAACACACAUCGGUAGCAGCGAGCAAGAAGAUGCGAGUGUCAGUGAGGAAGAAGAUGUGAGUGGCAGCGGGGAAGAGCAUGGGCCAGCUGUCGAGAAUGAAGCGAAUGUACAACACAGUGAUAGUCGAUCAUCUAUGCUGGGCACAAUAGAUAAGCUGACAAAGCCAACCAAGUGCAGCCUUUUGGAUGGCACCGGGCAUAACUUGGAGCUCGCAGUAGCCACUGUCUAUCCAUAUCAAGAGACUUGCCAUUGUGUACCGGUGCAGGAAAGGUAUGCAGUGGUGCAACCUACUUAUGUGUGGUCCAAUACGAGUCACUUCCGUCUGCCUGUGCCAGUAGGGGGAUGAGAUAACAACCUUAGGUGAGGCUCUCGGUACAAGGAUCCAAUGGUCAAAGUACAGGAUCCUUAUAUCACCCAGGACGAGACAGCCCAACUCUGUAACCGCAUCAGGUAGCAGGGGUACAGCAUCAGAUGCAGGUACUGUAGCUCAGCAUCCGCAAGAGAAGGCUCAGCACCAACAGCAGCAGAUCAGCAAAACUACGCAGCAGCAGCAAGAGAAGCAGGAGUCACAACAGGAGCCUCGACGACAGGAGGAGGCCUAGGCAAUCUCCGCCUAAGCAUCAGCCACAACCGGAGCCUCUACAAUAGAAGGAGGGAGAGCGCAGCCAAUCUCCGCCUAAGCAACAGUCACCGCAGGAGGAGAAGCAGGCCAGGAAACCUCUGCCUAAAGAUGAGCUUGUUAAUGCUAUUUGGACAACACAGAAUCCAAAAUACAAGCCUGGUGUGCCUAUGUUGUCAGAAGCGGAUUUAGAGGCUGCUGGACCAAAUUGUGCUAGGUUGCAUGGUUACGUCAUGGAACACAGUAAGGAUAAACUUGGCUUUCCAGCAAAGGUGGCUCAAGCCUACUUUCAAGGUGAUGGUGAUUUAAUGUUAAACAUUGCAUUCAAUGAUGUGUACGACCUUAUAACCCUAGGUGCUCUGGAUGUUAGCUUCUUGAGGUUGUGGACAUUGAAAAUGAUGUAGAAUGUAGCAGAGAUGCAGUGCAGUGUUGGGUUUUUGGACCCACAGGUUGUCACCGCCACGGUGAUUUCUCACCAGCCUAGCACUGUAACACAAGCAAUUAAAAAUGCUAUGAAGAACGACUCUGUGGUGGGUGCCUACAACACCGGUGGCCACUGGGUAACAGUGAUCAUCUCUAUGAAGUACAAAGAGGUUUGGUAUUUAGAUUCUGCUAAACUAUUUCCCGGUCGAAAGUUCACGGACGUCCGACAUAUUGUGAACUGGGCCUUUGAUGCGCACAUGGAAGAAAUGAUGAAAGCAAAUAAGAAAAAGCCAAGAACCAAAUCUAAACUCACGCACAGGAUAGAUGUUAAUUGCGCUCAACAGCCAUCGGGGACCUUUUUGUGUGGAUUCUAUGUGGCAUUCAAUAUGCUAAAACUAGUUGGUGACAUACCUAUAAUGAAAAAGGCUGCUGAUUUCAAAGCUGCCCUAACAGUUUCUAUAGAAGAUCUAAAGCCGGUCCGGGAGAUGCUGUGCGAGUUCAUUCUUAAGGAGACCCUCGACCCAAAGGGCAACUUCUAUAGCGCCUUCUAUUUAUGAUGCACCGUGAGUUCAUUGUAGCCAGAAACUUGAAACUUGUUGCAUUCAGGGCUUGAAACUUGUUGCAUGUUUGAUGAGGAACUUGAUGUGAUCUUGUGUAUAUUCGUGAUA